GGAAACUCCAUUCGCAUUCAUUCUUCAUUUCUUCUGGCUUUUGAUCCUCGUAUAAAGUCUUCCUUUUAGUAGCAUCAUCCUGUUUUACGUCAAGGAGUUUUUUAUGGGAUGUGGUGCUGGUAGUAGGAAACAGAAUCAGAAGCUUCGGGCUUGUGAUUCUCGUUUAAAGUCCAAAGUCGGUGUUUUGUUUUUCAUAUCUUCUAAAGGGAACAUCUUUAUGGUUUAGACGCGUUUUCGUUUUAUUCGCUGGCUAAAAUAUGACACGUUCUGGUUUUUCCUUUGAUAAACUGUAUCCUAAUUUUUGAGUUUUCAUUUGGGCAACUAGGUGUUGUGCUAGUACUGGUAUUACUCAAUACUCAUUGUUUUUCGCCUUUUAUGGUGUUCUGUUGUUUUUGUGUUUGGAGAAAAGUCUAUUCCUUUGUGCUCUUUUGUCCAUGUUUUUGAUUCUACCCUUUUAUCAGUCUUUGGUUGCAGGCUCUUUCAAGGUCGCAGUUAUAGGGGACAUGUAUUUAAGUGUUGUUACUCUGUUUUCUUGAGUUUUACGUUUCCAUAAUGAAGAGAAGUUGACGCUUUCUUUUCCGCCCGAUUUCGCGGCAUAAUUUAGAAGAUGGAAUCAGUUAAACCAUCAGCAGUUGCACCAAGAAAGAGUAAAUUGGGUCGCACGUUUGCCAAGGUUCUUCACAUUAAAGCACUCACUGGAUUUGCGCAAACUGAAGGACAAAAGAAAGUUAAGACUGAAGCAAAUCUCAAGGAUGAAGGUAACAGCUUGUGUCGUAACUUUGAAAAUGAAGAGCUUCAAGAAAGAUUAGCCGCAGAAGCUUCGCUAGCAAAAGUAUUUGCCAGCAUUUCUUUUGUUAAGGCUUCAUAUGCCCAGCUUCAAUUUGCUCAAUCUCCUUAUGAUCCAGAUGGGAUUGAAGCUGCUGAUAAAUUAAUAGUCUCUGAGUUGAAGAACUUGUCUGAGCUAAAGCAGUGUUACGUCAAGAAACAGUCAGAUCCUUCACCUGAGACAGCCAUUCUCGCAGCUGAAUUGAAGGAGCUGCAAAGUGUUAACAAAACCUUCGAGGUUACGGGGAAGAAGCUAGAAUCUCAGGUAAGGCUAAAGGAAUCUGAGAUUAUAUUUCUAAGGGAGAAGUUAGAGGAAGCUAACAAGCAUAACAGAAUGAUGGAGAAGAGAUUGAAUCAAAGUGGCUCAUUAUCUAUGCUUGAUAAUCUGCAUAUAUCUGGAUUAAGUUCUAGCCAUUUUAACUCUGUUCUUCGCCACACAAUAAGGUCGAUCAGAAGUUUUGUAAGGUUGCUUGUGGAUGAAAUGAGAUCCGUUGGGUGGGAUAUUGAUGGUUCUGUGAAUGCUAUUCAUAGGAACAUUGUCUACUGGAAAGAAGAUCACAAGUGUUUUGCCAUUGAGUCCUUCGUUUGCAGGGAAAUGUUUGAGUCUUUCCGGCUUCCUAACUUCUCUAUUCAUAGUGGAAGUCCUCCAGAUAGGAAUGAUCAGCAGAAGCUGUUCUAUGAGAGAUUCAAUGAGCUGAAGUUCAUGAAAGCAAAAGAAUUUCUUUCUGAGAAGCCAAGAUCAUCAUUUGCCAAAUUCUGCAGGGCCAAGUACCUAAGGCUUGUUCAUCCAAAGAUGGAGUUGUCACUUUUCGGUAACCUGCGCCAGAGAGACCUUCUAAAUGCUGGGGAAUUUCCUGAUACUAGCUUCUUCACAUCAUUUGCGGAGAUGGCUAAGAGGGUAUGGCUCCUGCAUUGCUUGGCCUUCUCCUUUGAGCCUCAAGCUUCAAUCUUUCAAGUGAAAAAGGGGUGUAGGUUCUCUGAAGUGUACAUGGAUUGUGUGAAUGAUGAUGAUUUUUCCGACCAUACACAAGUCGCUUUCACUGUUGUUCCAGGAUUCAGGAUAGGUAAAACUGUUAUACAGUGCCAAGUUUACCUCUCACAGUCCCAAAGCAGGGUAGAAAAGUACACUUCGGCCAAACAAAGGCAGCCCCAGUUCAGGCCCUGACCCUACAAUAUCAUAUGGCGGGAAAAUUCUCAGAUUGAUUUUACACAGGAAUCUCUCUCGUACAUUGAACUGGAAGCCAUUGUUUUCUUUCAUGAAAUCUGGGGGAAGGACAUGGCCCGUGCAGGACUAAAGAAUCUCUGUGCCUCUGAUACAAUGAACUGGAAGCCAUUAUUUUUCUCUCUUGUGAAGUUUGGCGGGAAGGACAUGGCCUGUGCAUGGCUGAGUGUGUUGGUGGGGGCUCCUUGUCCAUUUGUAUUUUGUCAAUUUUGAAUAGGGAAGCGCGUGGACCGUUGCAUUGGGAACAACCCUUUUUCACUUCAGAAUCUUUUGGUUUUAGUAUCAUGCUUGUUUUAAAUUUCUCAGACACACCCUCACCUCAAGUUUUUUGUUGAUAUUAGGCCAGGUAGUGGCAUAGGGUCUGUCUAGCUGUUCUGCACAUCUUUACAAGACAUUGCAUGAUAUAAUAUAUGUACAGAAUGAUAUAUAUGUAGCUGGUAGUUUCAUAAUCCUCUCUCUCUCUCUCUC